AUGGAGUUCUUAGGCCACCAUGGAACCAGUUGCUACAUGCCUGCCUCACGCCAUCAGCAAAUAACUGCGAGGCUCCCCACAUUGGCAACCUUGCCUCCUUUAAAUCCUACACUUCCGGAUGCCUGUCCACGACCCUACCCACACCGCCGCUCCUUGGCAGCUCUCUCUUACCGACCAGCCAAUUACUACAGCGCAGCCAAAGUCUCUCCAACUUACCCUCUCACUGCUUCACAGACAGAAUCCAGAAAUUCGGAUACUAAGCUUAACGAGCUUUGUGGUGUCCGAGUGCCCUCAGUUUACUCAGCUGCUCGUACAGCUCUCUACACUCGGUAUACUCCAAGAAACUGGUUUGAGAGCUACAAUCGUCUUUUGCAAGCAAAUGACUUGGCUCAAAAGAACUCGGAUUGCCUAGUCCACGACUCAAAGAGA